CCAGCAGCAGUCGAGGCAAACGGAGGUUUACCAUAAUCGAGAAUAAAAGAAACGCACUAAAGAAAAUCUAAUCUAGUUGCAACAUGCGAAGCCGUCGAGUGUGCCUUUUGAUAGCCACGUUUAUCGCAAUUGGCCAAUUCGGCUGCCAGGCACUGAGUUGCACAACAACGGGCUCGGCCACGCCCACCAUCUGCGGCGAGGGCGUAACGGAGUGUUUUGCCAAAUCAGAUGCCAGCGGAACUGUAACGCGCGGCUGCGUCACGGAUGCAACCUGUCCAAGUGCCAACUGUUUGACCUGCAGCACGGACAACUGCAAUGCGUAUCUGGUGUGCAAACAGUGCGACGGCACCCAGCCGCAAUGCGCCACGUCCCAGACGGCGAUGGUCACAUCCCUGCAGUUGUGCUCGACCAGCGCACAGCAGUGCCUCAAUCAGUUGGCGGACAAUGGCACCUUGACCCGGGGCUGUGGUGAAUGUGCGGCGGGAGUUGGCAAUUGCAGUCCAUGCAACACGGACAACUGCAAUGUGGGCAUCUAUCCGGCAGAUCGACGGCUGUGCUAUCAGUGCGAUGGGGCCAACUGCCAGACGCUGGACAAUGCGACCGUGUUGAUGCCGUGCGGCAUCUACCAGGCGGAGGCGCAGAAGUGUUAUAUGAUUGGCAGCAGCGCGACGGCCAUGCAGCGGGGCUGCCAGAACGAUGCGGCCGCCGGCAACAAGUGUGCGGGCGCCACGCCCGAUGCCAGCUGCGUCUUUUGCGACACUGAGAACGGCUGCAACAAUCGCCCCUACGAGAGUGUCCUGGGCAGCUGCAUCAAGUGCAGCGACAACAGCACCUGCGCCGACAGCCAGGCGGCGGAUAAGGCCGUGGCCUGCCCAGCUUCGGUCUACACAGAAACCGAAGUCAGCUGCUAUACCAAAACGGGCGACGAUGGCACCGUGUCACGUGGCUGCACCAACGAGCUGACCGAGGCAUGCAACACAACGACCAACUGUGAAUCGUGCUCGGGCACCGGCUGCAACAUUCAGGCUGCCGGUUUCGGUUGCCUCAUCUGUCGCAGCGACAACUAUGCGCCCUGUCGCUCUGCGGAAGUUGGAGUCGAAUUGUGCCCAGUUGCCAGUCAGACGGGCGAGGAUGCAAAGAAAUGCUUCAACGGAGAGUGGAAUGGGGUCGUGGUGCGCGGCUGCCUGGCUGAUGCGACUCCCCUGAUGAAAUUCCAGUGCACAUCUGCAGACGACUCCCGCUGCGAGACGUGCAACAUCAAAGGAUGCAACAUAAAAACCUAUAAUGGAGCUGCCACGUUGCAGCACAUGGGCCUCGGUCUGUUCGGACUGAUCUUCGUUGUGAGCAAAUAUUUGUAAAAAAAAAAAAAAAAGAAAAAAAAUUAAAGAAAACAAUAUCAUAACUAAUUCUACGUACACCAAAAGCUAUCUAACUAUGACAAACAAAUAAAAAAAAUUAUAUAUACAUAUAUAUAUACAUAAGCACAUGUAAUCAGUACACGGCCAGUUUUGUGAGUCAUUUUAGUUAUUAAUUAUAGACUCUUCCCGUUAAAAGCAAAUUAGUAGCAAACCGCAAAAAAAAA